AAACAACCACGAAGCCAGGGAAGAAGAAUAUCAAUGAAAGUUGAGACAAUUUUAGCUGGAUUUUUGGCUAAAUUUUUAGAUAAAACGUUGUUAUUUUUUGGGUAGUUGGAGUUAAAUAAUUUGUAUGCACUUUCCUGCCAUAUGACAAAUUAAUUAUGGUUGAUGCUGUGGAAAAUGAGUAUGUCAAUUCUGAAAUUGUCUGCACAUUGGCUGCUCUUGGUUACUUAGAAGAUGAUAAUUAUUACAAAGGAGAUGACUGCAUAGAAUGCUUAAAAGACCUGAUCCGUUUCCUGAGGGUAGAUGAUGCUACAUGUGAAAUCAGAAGACAGUUAGGAAGAUCACAAGCUGUGGAAAAGGAUCUCAUUCCCUUGCUUAAAAGUUGUUCACUUAAAGAACAUGACAUUUUUGAUGUUUGUAUUAGGUUACUGGUCAACCUAACUCAACCAGCAAUGAUUUGUUUUGGAAAUGUACCCAAAGGAAAGAUGGAACAGCACUGGUUUUUAGAGGUUACUUCACAUCUACAGUCCUACAAAGAGGCAUUUGCAGAAAAAGAAAUUAUGGCCCUACUUGGCAGGGAGCUGGGACGUUUAUUGCAGGCUGAAUGGGAUAGCAGAGAAGAAGAGGAUACCCUGCUAAUUGAAAGAAUUCUCCUCUUGGUUCGAAAUAUCCUCCAUGUUCCUGCAGAUCCCAAAGCUGAGAAGAGAACAGAUGAAGAUAGUACAAUCCACGAUCAACUUCUGUGGAAUUUACAUGUGAAUGGUGUGGAUGAUCUUGUUUUGUACGUUGCUAGUUCUCCGGACGAGAGUCGGUGGUCAAUGCAUGCGCUGGAGAUAAUUUCUCACAUGUUACGAGAACAGAAAGCCGAUGUUUUAGCGAAGACGUCUGUCGGAAGAACGAAAAAAGAACAGGAGGAAGACGCAAGAGAGCUUGAAAUACUCUAUGAAAGAGAGAAGUCUUCAAAGAACAUUGCUGCUCGAAAGGGAAUUAGACACUCGAACUUUGGUGGGACGUACUGCAUGCAAAAUCUCAAAGCCCUUAAUGAUGAAAAUAAGUUGCUCUAUCACAGACCAAUUCAACGAGCGAAGGAUCUCUCGUUUGACUUCGGCAAGACUGCCCCAAGAAAAAGAAAAAAUGAGAUGCUGGCGAAAGAGCAGGACACAGACAGAAAGUCUUCCCUGAGUGUGAGGAUGUUUCUAAAAGAUUUUUGUCUUCAGUUUCUUGAGCACGCCUACAAUCCUUUGAUGCACAUCAUCAAGGACAAUUUAAAGCACUCGAGAGCCCAAGAAAACGACGAAUCGUAUUUCCUUUGGGCAAUGAGAUUUUUUAUGGAGUUUAACCGACAUCACGGGUUUGAUGUUGCGUAUAUCAGUGAGACACUGAAUGUGCCAACAUUUCAGUACAUUCUUAUACUGCAAACGAAAUUCUUCGACAGUCUUACGACCAUCAAAGACGAAAAGGUGGAGUGGAGUCGAAGAUUGCAUCUCGCAGUGAGAGCCUAUCAAGAACUUAUUCAACAUGUAGCUUUGUUGCAACUGUCUGAAGAUGAAAACAUACAAGAUAGUGCUAAAAUCAUAAAAGAAAACGUAUUCUAUGUCUCGGAAUAUCGAGAAAUAUUUAUUAUUCUGUUAAAGAAGUUUAAUCCCUGUUUUCAAACAAAAUCGUUUCUCAGAGACUUGAUCGAAGCAUUUCAUAUAUUUCUCAAGUUGUUGGAAGCACAUUGUAAGAACAAAGGUCAUGUCAUUGUACAGCAAAAGAGAAAAAAGGCGAAAAGAAGAAAAAAGAAGAAAACUGCGGCCAGGAGCGAACCGGUUGUUCCACUCACAGACGAGCAAAAGGAAGAACGUUGGCAAGAACUCAGCGCAGAUCUUUCAUCAUUUCUACAGAACGAGGAUGGUGGCCUUCCUUCGAUUAUCAAUCCUUUCGAUCCUGUGUCGGACGUGCCCGAAGAAGAUCAAAAAACGAGAUGUUUAUCGUUAAUUCAGCAAAAUAUUCGUGUGAACUCGUUUGGUGAAGCUUUGGCUCUUCUUCGGGCAGCCAGGGAAAUUUGGCAAAACAGCUCAUUCGGUGAAGAUGAUAUUGAUCCAGAAGGCGAAUUUAUGUGUUUUUACGAGAUAUUUCGCAUGGACGUACCAGUUAUUAAUGAUGACGGUAAUGCUGAGACAGAGGCAAAUGGCGAUCAAGAAGAUGAAAUGACGGAUCCUGAGACUGAAGAAAUACAGGCUGUUCAAGUGAGGGAAACUGAAUUUGACUUCGAAGCUUUCCUAAAAAAAUUAGCUUCGCCGUUGUUGCUGCAACCUUACUGUUGGCUUUUGAGCUGGUACCAAGAGAACAAUGCAUAUAUCAAUCAUUACAUUGUGAAGAUGAUGUAUCGAAUUGCUGUAGAUUUGAAACUGCACGCCAUGUUGUUCCAACUCUCUUUGUUUGUGACCUUCAGGAAAGUGUUUUCUGAUCCUGCUGUAAGCAAGUAUAAGGAAUUGGUGAAGUUUUCAAAAUAUAUUCUAUCAAAGUUCUUCGCCUUGCUUCCUACUAACCCGACCUUGUGUGCAGAACUUAUCUUUUGGAAAUCUCCUGCGGAAUGUUAUGAAAUAACCGAGGGAUAUGGAAGCUUUGUUAAUAGGGAAGUGAAAAGAAGUGGACAUUCAUGGACAUUUGAAGAGGAAGAACAACUGAAGCAACUUUACGACGAAUUCAAAGACUCUGAAGAUCUCGUCGAGAACAUUCUCAACGCCAUCGACAACGAGUUCAGAUCUAGGAGACAAGUUGUUGGGAAGCUUAUCACACUCGGUUUAGUUGAAAAUAAGGAGAUUUUAAAAAAAAAGCCUGUGAAUAAAAAUGAAUGGCCUGAAGAGGAACAAAACGAAUUACGAAAUUUGUUUGAGGAGUUUAAGGAGAGUGAUGAUAUCGUCGGUGGCAUAUUGCUGAGCAUGACUAACAAAACGCGAUCAAGAAGACAGGUCAUAAACCAACUGGUUAAACUAAACAUUGUUGAGGACCACAGCAUACUUAGGAAAAAACGUGCUAAGAAAACGAAGAAAAGAAAAGGCAAUGAGUACGAGGAAGAAGAUGGUGCUAGUGAUUCAGAAAAUGGUGGGAGCGAAGAACCGGAAGCUGAAACGUCCGACGCCGAUGACGAAUCUGAUGUGGACGAUGAAAUCGAUACCGACUUUCUUGCCAUAUUGACCACCGUGAAAAAGUCAGAACAUGCUGAGCAACUUGAUUGGCUUAAAACAAGAUUGAAUGAAGAGGCUGACGACAGAGCUGAAGACGAUGAUUGGCAACCAUUACCACUGGUGACGUUGACAGAGCAGACUGAAUUAGCUCUCAGAGAUAAAUCUUUUCAGAAGCUCCUGAAGAAAAUAGGAUUAGUUCCGCCGUCCAAUGAACAGGAAAGGUAUUGGCGGAUACCUGACAACUUGACCCCAGAUCAUUUAAGAAAAGCAAUCACUGACAUGGAAGCUGAACCAUCAAAUUCGCUCGAAUCAAGCAGUAAUGAGAGCAGGAAAAGCAAGGUGAAUCCCAAGAGGCAAAAACUGGCGGAGUUGGCUGCCACUCUCAAGUCCUCUGACAAGAGAAGUGAGCGAGCAAGAAAAAGAAAAGAACGCGAUAACAACAAUAGGAGAAAAGAAAAAAAUUUUGGAAAUGACGAAAGAUCUUCUAAUGGCAAUAGUAGCGACGAAUCAGACUCUUACGCCCAAGAAGGCAGCAGAGAACAAAAGCAAAAGAUAACGCGAAAGCGAAGAAGAGUCAGAAUGCAGGAGAGCGAUGACAGUGACGAGGAUGCUUUGCACAUACACAUGGAAGAAAAUGUCCAAGAAAAUCACGAUGGUGUUGCAGCAGGUGAAGAAAUUGCCGAAGCGAGUCAGAAAGUUGGUAGCCGUCAUCACGAUGGAUUGGAGGACGAUAGUGCAAGCAGCGAUGGUGACCACCCUGGUAGGAAAAAUGAUGCAUUUCAGACAUUCGAAGGAAACAGUGGUCAAAGUGACGAUGAUCAUGAUGAGAAUCGUAGUAGAAAAAGAGGAAGGUCUGAGGAGGAAAGUGACAGCAGUGAUGACGAUUUUGAUGUACCUCUAAUACGUACAAAGAGAGCGAGACAAGCUGUCCUGGAUGACGACGAUGAUGAAGACGAUUAGGUGGAGAUUCCAUUGCUGUCAAUUGUGAUUGUUAUCGUCGGGUCAGUUGUUUGUUUUAUAAUGCAUCUAGGGAAAUCUAGGAUAAUAAAUGAUCGACAACAAACACGCCUCGUCACGAAGUGAGCCUCGACCAUCAGCUGGUGCUAUAAAAGUCAACAAGCAGGAACAAGUUUCAGGUACUGUGUGUGUUACUGUAGAAGAACAGCUAGCAAUAUAAACGAACAGUAGUUUUUACUGUAAAAUUUUUGUGAAAAAUUCCCAAAAUUGAACUUUCUGUUAAUUAAAUGUCAUCAUUGUGGUUUGUACAUAGUGCUAAUAAGGUACCGCGCGUCGCGUUGGUAAUUGCCCGCAUCAAUUUUUCCAGCUAGUCCAACUAAUUCCAUUGCAAGUUUAAAAAUAUGUUGUAGCGUUUAAA